GUUGGUUAAUACGGGCGUGCAUCAUGCUUUUUCACUGGCGUGUUUUCGUUAUUUGGUUAUUCGGAGUUUUAGCAUAUUCUGUACAGGAGAGGCAGAUAGCGGUGCUAAAUCCACUUCCGGUCGACAGCACUGACUGGUGCGCAAAAGGCAUAUCUCUUGCUCUCUGUUUCUUUAUUCUAACAUGCGGUAAGCGGCAUGAUGGACAUGCAUAGAUGGUGUGCGGCCUGAGAAUACGGCAGUCCCUCCCGAACUCCCCAGCGGCGUCAUGGAGCCUUUCCCCAUUUUCAACUGCGCCCCUUUGACGCGGGCCGAAUGCGACAAUAUGGUAAUUCUCCGGAUGGACAGGUGCCUGGAUGAACAGGUUAUCGAUUUGGACCUGCAGAAAGGCGCGCUCGGCGCAAUAUCUCCAACCGGGGUCGCAAUAUCAGCCUGGGCAUACAGAAAAUCCCCAACGACCGCGCCGUAAUCUUUGGGAUCGCCGCAGACGAUUUGAUCGUGCCGGAGCUGGUUAUGACAGUCGACUUACACACGCUCCCCGAGCCCAUGUUCCUUUCGCAGGCGGUUACGCCCAUUGCUAAGCAAAUCAUUAGCUUCGCUCUGUACAACUGUCACAAGAUCGCUUGCACCACUAAACUCGCGGCGCUGGAACUAUCCAACCUGCUGAGCUUCACACUAAACGGAUGUAGCAAUUCGGCGCACCCGCGGUUGCGCCGCGAGGAUUUCGCACCUUCCCCCCACCUCCGCAGUAUCGUCAUCACCGACUGUGCGCCCUAUGAUCUGGACGCCUUCACCUUUACCAACCUCCCGGACCUUCAGGUGUUGGCACUGGAAAACCAACUGACCGCCUGUUCUAACACUUCUAGCAAUGCUGCGCUGGCGCAUCUGCGCAAUCUGCACUGCGGUUGCCAGUACGCCUGGCUGCGGGAUCUUUUCACCGCCAAACCGGGGCUGCUGGCGGAGCGGCCCGAAAACAGCGUUUACCAAGUGUGCAAUGCCGGCAACCCCGCAUUUAAGAAGGUGGACUUAUGUAUCUCAUGCGAAAGAUCGAAAGAGUUGAAAGGCCCGAACCAAAAUUAAUGUACGCACUUACAGCGUAUGCUGCUGCUAAAUACGUAAUGACAUAAUUCUAUAAUUCUCUACAUACGUACAAUGCGCAGAUGAAUCGAAUAAUUUUGCGAUGAGCAUCCAUCGAAUUGGGCUGGUAAAAUUGCAUUACUUACUUAAU